AUGUCUUCCGAGAACAAGCACAUUACUAGUCCGGUAUUAAGGGACGUUCCGACAUCCAUUACUGAGUUUAAGAAUACAAUUAUUAGGAGACAUCAAAAGGAAUGUUUAAUCACACAAGGUAACAAGAUCGCUCAAGAAAUAUCCUCUGGUUCAGAUUGUUCAGUUGAAGGUAACGAAAAAACCAAUGGCCAAAAGACUACUGAUUCUGAUCAUGACACUGAUGAUGUAAACAGAAAAGGUUUUGCCAAGUAUUGGGCCAUUAUUACUACUGGUGCUGGUCUUUUUUCUGAUGGUUAUAUUAAUAACUCUAUUUCUUCUGUUUCCACCUGUUUCGCAAAAAUCUACGGUAAAGCUUACACAGAGUCUCGUGCCAUCCAAAAUGUUUCUUCUAUCGUGUUCGUUGGUACUGUUGUUGGUCAAUUAAUUUUUGGUUAUUUGGCCGAUCAACACUCUCGUAAAUUUUCCAUGUUGUUUGGUACAAGCAUGUUAAUUGUUUUUACCAUUUUAUGUGCUGGUGCUUGGGGUAAAGGUACUUCUGGUACAGAACCAGGUGGACUGUUUACUGCUUUAACCGCUUGGAGGUUUUUCUUGGGUAUUGCUAUUGGUUCCGAGUAUUCUUCUGGGUCUCCAGCUGCUGCCGAAGCCUCUAACUUGCUACCUGCUGGUAAGAGAAACAGAUGGUUCAUUUGGUUUACCAAUUUCACUAUUGAUUCUGGUUUUGUUGUGGGUGCUUUCGUCCCAUUAGUUCUUCUAUGGAUAUGUAAGGAGGAUCAUUUAACUCCAGUUUGGAGAAUUUCUAUUGGAUUAGGUGCCAUUCCACCAAUCUCAUUAUUCUUUUUAAGAUUGAAGUACAAGGAAGGUAAAACUUUCGAAAAAACUAAGUUCACAAAAGGGUUACCUUACUGGCGUAUUAUUAAGUUUUACUGGUUCAGAACUGCCAUGAUUUCCGUCAUCUGGUUUUUAUACGAUUUCUCUUCCUAUGCUUUUGGUACUUACUCUUCUAUCAUCAUUGGUCUUGUCCUACCAGAAGACGCUUCUAUAUAUCAAAACUUUGGUUGGAAUGUUGUUUUCAACUUAUUCUACAUUCCAGGUUCUUUCUUAGGUGCAUACUCUGCCGAUUACUUUGGUCCACGUCUAACUCUCUCUGUUGGUUUAAUUAUCCAAUCCGUUAUUGGUUACGGUUUGGCUGGUGGUCUAGAACAUUUAAGAAAACACAUCGGUGGUUUUGUGGUUAUGUACGGUAUCUUCAUGACCUUAGGUGAAUUCUCUGCGGGUGACAACGCUGGUUGUAUUGCUUCUAAGAUAUCUGCGACCCCAGUUAGAGGUACCUUAUAUGGUAUUGCUGCCAUGAUUGGUAAGGUUGGUGCCUUCGUUGGUUCUUACGUCUUCCCAACCAUAAUUAGAAAGUACGGUUUAUCUGCUCCAUAUUGGGUCUCUUCUUCCCUAUGUAUCUUCUCAGCUGUCAUUUCUUACUUCUUCCUACCAGACUUAGACCAAGAUGCUAUGAACAGAGAAGAUGAAAGAUUCCUAGAAUAUCUAAAAGCAUCUGGUUAUGAUAUGUCUCAAAUGGGUAUUAACAAAGAUGAGGAAGAAACACAGGUUGAAAUGCUAAACGAUUCUGAAGAAUCUGUUAUGAAAAAAAUUGACCACACCGUUAGUGUUGAAGAAUAUUAA